GUUUGAUUGUUGAAAUAAUAUAUCAAAAAAUAAAUGUUUAAAAUACAAGUAUGAAAAAUGCUUGAUAAACUUGUUUAAACGCUAAGUUAAGAAUACCAAACGUUACCAUGAAUAUUUAUACAUAUUCAGUACGUUUUCGAAAAUUAUAAAAUCAUUUUCUGAAAAAGUUAUAAAUUCAUCGGCUCAACCUUCAUAUUGGAAAAAGUAGUUACAAUGGAGUUCUGUGGUCAGAAUAUCUCUCUGUCAGAUGUCUGGAUUCAUAAGGGAUUCUCUCACUGUUUCCUGGAGACAGUCACAUCAUCAAUCUUAUUUGGGUGGAUGUUUAUAGGAGGAACACUACAGCUUGGCAUAUACAGAAAGUUUUCAACAUUUACAGAUUGCAACACAUGGCCAAAAUCAUCGUUAUUUAAACUACAGCUUUUUUUAACUAUCAUGAUGUCACUCAUAUCAAUUGUGCAUAUAAUCCUCGAAGCUACUGUGUUAGGCAAUAAACAGAUUGUGGUGUAUAUGAUAAUUAGAACAACGUUCUAUAGUUUAAUGUGGCUGUAUAGUAUACCAGUGAUAUUGGUAGAGAGACGUCGUCAACUCCCAAGUGUUCCAGCGACCAGUCAUGGAGUUGUCCUACUUUUCUUUUGGUCGUUUGCAUUUAUGAAUGAAAACAUUGCAUAUGUGUCCUGGUUCAGUCCUUCAUGGUUUUGGUCUUUGAAAAGUUCAGAUGAUCAGAUAGAGUUUGGCCUUUGGGUGACAAGGUAUUUAUUCACUUUUCUGUUGUUCCUUUUGGGACUGAAGGCCCCUGGUGUUCCUAGACCAGCAACUAGAAGACACUAUCUAGAUGCAGAGCAGGGGGAGCCUCUGCUAGGAAAUGAGGCCAACAGUGAAAGCACAUCUACAUGGGGCAAGUUCUUCAAGAAACUCAGUUUACUCUGGCCAUUUAUGUGGCCCAAGAAGAGCUUUUCACUCCAGAUAAGAGUUGUGGUCUGUUUUCUUAUCCUUGGAGCUGGCCGUGGUGUAAAUCUACUGGUGCCUAUAUAUUACAAAAAUAUCGUGAACAGUCUCACUAUAAAGAAACCAGCUGAAGAUGAUCAGAUUGACCACCGUGUAUUACAGGCAGGGGGACUAGAGUUCAGAUGGGACUACAUUGCCAUAUAUGUAGGUCUGAGAUUCCUACAAGGUGGAGGCUUUGGAUCAAUGGGAUUACUGAACAAUCUGAGGACGUUUCUAUGGAUUCGAGUUACCCAGUACACAACCAAAGAGACCAGUGUCAACUUCUUUAAACACUUGCACAGUUUAUCACUAAGAUGGCAUCUUGGCAAAAAGACAGGGGAAGUUCUGAGAAUAAUGGACAGAGGAACAAGCAGUGUCAACCAACUGUUAAGCUAUAUCGUAUUCAACAUUCUGCCAACUAUAGCAGAUAUCAUUAUAGCAAUAGUAUACUUCACGUCAGCAUUCAACAUAUACUUUGGCCUCAUAGUCUUUGGAACAAUGGCCCUAUAUUUAAUUGCUACAAUCCUGGUGACAGAAUGGAGAACUAAAUUCAGACGUCAAAUGAAUCUCUUAGACAAUGACAGAAACUCUAAAGGUGUAGAUUCUCUUCUCAAUUUUGAAACAGUGAAAUAUUAUGGUGCUGAAGAAUGGGAGGUGAACAGAUAUAAGGAAGCCAUUGUGAAAUACCAACAAUCAGAAUGGGUGUCUACCUCCACCUUGAACUUGCUCAAUACCAUACAGAACAUUAUCAUCACUUCCGGUCUCCUGGCAGGGUCCCUACUGUGUGCAUGGUACGUAUACAAAGGCUAUGGGGGCCUGACAGUAGGAGACUAUGUCCUCUUUGCUUCAUACCUUAUACAACUCUAUGGACCUCUCAACUGGUUUGGAACAUAUUACAGAAUGAUCCAGCAGUGCUUCAUUGACAUGGAGAACAUGUUUGAUUUAUUUGAUGAGCCUCUUGAAGUGAAAGAUGCUCCAGAUGCAAAACCUCUAGUAGUCACCAAAGGCAUGAUUGAGUUCAAUGAUGUUUGCUUCCAUUAUCAACCAGAAAAACAGAUCCUGAAGAAUAUCACAUUUGUAGUUCCACCUGGACAAACAUUUGCUUUGGUUGGUCCAUCAGGCAGUGGGAAGAGCACAAUCAUCCGGUUAUUGUUCCGUUUCUAUGACAUCCAGUCUGGGAGUAUCAAAUUUGAUGGUCAAGAUAUCUCUACUAUACAGCAGAACUCCCUGAGGCAAAAUAUUGGUGUUGUUCCACAAGACACUGUUCUUUUCAACUCUGAUAUAAGAUACAAUAUCCGCUAUGGAAAAGUGACAGCCUCAGACGAUGCAGUUGAAGACUCGGCAGCGGCUGCCGAUAUUCAUGAUAAAAUCCUAACGUUCCCUGAGGGUUAUAAUACAGUGGUGGGAGAGAGAGGGUUGAAGUUGAGUGGGGGUGAGAAGCAGCGUGUUGCUAUAGCUAGGACCCUAUUAAAAGCACCUGCCUUUGUAUUGCUGGAUGAGGCAACUUCAGCAUUAGACACUCAAACAGAAAGAAACAUCCAGGCCUCCCUGGCCAAAGUGUGUGAGAACAGAACAACUAUAGUUGUGGCUCAUAGACUGUCAACCAUCAUAAAUGCUGAUCAGAUAUUGGUCUUGAAAGAUGGAGAAAUCAGAGAACGUGGAAGACAUGAAGACCUGUUAAUGCAAGGUGGACUCUAUGCAGACAUGUGGCAACAACAACAGACUAAAUCUGAUGACAAUAGUGAGAAUGGCUUUCCAACUAGCAGCACUGAAGAGAAAAAAGACCUCUAAAUAUGAAUAUAAUAUAAAUCGAAUUCCUAAAUGGAGUUGACUUUAGAGUAAACCUAUGAUGGCGGAGAUAUGACAUCAUGACAGUGAAGAACAGAUAUGAUUAUGCGGUGAACCUCUAUUAUGUUACUAGAUUUGUAUAUUUGACAUGAGUAAUGCAAGUUUAAUAGAGACCAUGGAUCUGAUAUUAAGGAUUUUUAAAUACCCAAUCUAGUGUGCAGCUUUAUUGAGAUGUGGAUCGUUUUUGAAUGAAAUAUAUACGUUGAAAGGGAAACAUUUGUCAAAGUUAUGUAUUAGACU